AAAAAUAUAAAAGAAACUGAAAAUUGGCACUUGAAGUAUGUGCAACGACGUAUGGUCGUGGUUGCUUUUGCUUCUUAGCCAGUGUGAGGUUGAGAAAUAGUAGAAUUGAGGCGGAGAGGUUGCAGAGGGCAGCAAAAUGAAGCUGGGAUUGAUGGGAGGCAUGCACAGAGCCCCUUGUGCCAUCGCACUUCCUCUUCACCACGUCCAACCCCGACUCAUUAGAUGCUCUUUUUCUUCUGGCCAUGUGUCAUUUAUCAAAGAUAUAGCAGCAACUGAUCCUCCUCAGCAUCUUGAAGAGUUGCUUAAAGUGCUUCACACUAGAGGUGAAAGCAUUGUUUCUCCUGGACAUAGGCAUGGGCUUAUACCCCUGGCCAUUCCUCUUUCAGAAAAUCUGUCAGUAGGUGCUGUAACUGCAUUGCUGAGAUGGCCAACAGCUCCACCUGAAAUGGAGAUGCCAGUUGUGGAAGUUCGCAAGCAUGGGGUGUGGCUUUUAGCCAAGAAUGUAGAUCAGUAUAUUCAUCGAAUCUUGGUUGAAGAAGAUGCUCACCUCUCAGAAGAAAGCAAUGGUGAAUUAUUUGAAGCUUCUUCUGAGGCUGGUAAGAAACUUUACAGAAGAGGUGAUUUUGCUGAAUCUCCGAUUAAGAACCUUGAUAGUUAUCUCUUGAAAAAGGUUGGUCUGUUUCCAGAUGUUUUAGAGCGUAAAGUGAUGCGACAUUUUGAGCAAGGGGAUCAUGUUUCAGCUAUGGUGACAGGAGAGUUCUAUACAAAAAGGGACCUCUUUCCAGGAUUUGGAAGGCCAUUCGUGUUUAAUGCCGAGAUUUUGGUGAAAGUAGGGCGUGUCUCAGAAGCUAAAGAUUCUGCAAGGGUGGCUUUGAAAUCUCCAUGGUGGACUCUAGGCUGCGCAUAUCAGGAAAUUGCCUGCAUUGCACAAUGGGAGGAUGAACAAAUCGAAUACAUAAAGGAAAAGGUGACAGAAGAGGGUAGACAAGAAGAUCUGAAAAAGGGAAAGGCACCUGUCCAGAUUGCAUUGGAUGAGGCUGCUUUUCUUCUGGAUUUAGCUUCUAUUGAGGGAACCUGGGCUGACUCUUUAGAGCGCAUUGCUGAAUGCUAUAAGGAGGCUGGACUCAAUGAAAUUGCAAGAUUUAUUUUGUAUAGAGAUUGAAUAUCAAAAGGAGAGAACAAUGGCUGAGUAAUGAACUCGUGUCCCUGUUUGGUACUUUGAUUGUCUUUUAGUUGGCUUUUCUGAUAAAAACAUUUGACUGUCUUUUAGUUGGCUUUUCUGAUAAAAACAAGCAAUAGAGAAGCAGUCCAUUUCUUUAUUUUUUUU